CGCUGUGAGGUAGGGGCGGUUGGCUUGUAGACGCAGUCGCUGCUCCGUGUGGUUGUCGCAAGGCAGUAGAAGGCGCGCAACUCCAAAUUCUUACUCGUGGAAGUAUUGCAAGAAAUAAUUUUAACUAUACGGCGUCUGUUCGUAACUCGAAUGUUCGACGAAUACACUCACCUCUCCGCCCUCGAGACACACGACUACAAACAUCACCUGGCGCAGGAAAAAUUGUGACCACGCCUGAACGUUGAUGUGAUAAACAUGUCUCCCCAGCUCUCUCGAUCGUUGGAUAAAACCUUCACAACGUAAAUGUCUCCAUGCAAAUGUUCUGUUGUCCUUCUCGUGAAUAUCGCUGCGUCAUCGGUGUUUACACAAGGGAGGCCACUGGAGAUAGAGGCUCGUGCAGUGAUUUCAUAAGCGUGGUCACACGAGUGACAACCCCUUUCAAAGAAUGGCGGUCGGCGACGGGGAUGGCUUCUGUGGAUCCCCGUUUUGGGAUGAGGAAGUAUCAUGGAACACAACAAAUCCUGACUUCACACCAUGUUUUCAGAAGACAGUUCUCAUGUGGGUGCCAUUGGUUUUUCUGUUGCUUAUGACCCCCUACCAAUUAUAUACACUGUGGCACCUGAAAGAUCGGGUCAUCAAGUGGAACAUGCUCAGCAGUGGCAAAAUUGUAUUGGCAGGAUUUAUUGGAGUGUUAAUGGCUAUACUGUGUGUGGCAAGUGUCGUGGAACGAACCCAGGGAAAGGACACCCCUCCAGUAAAUUUUGUUUCCCCACUACUUGUAGUUCUUGCUAUGUUCAUUGUGGCAUUUUUUGUCUACCUUGAGAGAAGGAAAGGGAUUCGUACCUCUGGUGUACUUUUGCUCUUCUGGCUGUUGUCAGUCAUUAUGGGUGUGAUCGUGUUGCGCUCUAAAAUAUAUGUGGCUGUUAUACAGGAGCGUAUUGAGAAGAAAUUGGAUUUUUCUGUUUUCAUCUUAUAUUUCAUGAUGUCAGUGGCAUCCCUUGUGCUGUCAGCAAUUGUUGACAGAAAACCAGAAUUUGAAGUGGUACAGCAAGACAUUAAUCCAUGUCCUGAGGGAAGUGCAUCAUUUUUGUCAAGGAUUACUUUCUGGUGGUUUACGGGGUUAGUGAUCAAGGGUUUCAAAAGGGCUUUGGUGCGGAGUGACUUGUGGUCACUCAAUAAAGAAGACACAUCUGCUGAAGUACAAAGAGUCUUUGACAAACACUGGCAAGCGCAACCUAGAAAACAACCAAAGUCCCAACAGAAUUUAAUGGCUAAUGGGAUUGAGACACAUGCAGUGUUCAAAGAUGGUGAGGUGGCCAUGGAGGUGAAGGUGUUGGAUGGAGAGCAUAAGAAGCCAAGUUUGCUGAGAACCCUUGUCAAAUCCUUCAUAGGAAACUUCUUUGUAGCCUUUGGCUUCAAGCUAGCACAUGACAUCCUGGUCUUUAUCGGUCCCCAGUUGUUGAAGCUUCUGAUUCAGUUUACCAGCAAGAAGGAUGAGUUUAUGUGGAAAGGCUACCUAUAUGCAGUCCUUUUAUUUGUGGUAGCACUUGUACAGUCCAUUGUGCUGCACCAGUAUUUCCAUGGCUGUUUGGUGCUUGGCAUGCGUUUGCGAUCUGUCAUCAUUUCAGCAGUGUAUAGGAAGACUCUUGUAAUGUCAAACUCGGCCAAAAAGACAUCCACUGUUGGUGAAAUUGUCAAUCUGAUGUCAGUUGAUGCACAACGUUUCAUGGACCUGAUGACAUAUUUCCACACAAUCUGGUCUGGGCCAUUCCAGAUUUGUGUGUCACUUUUCUUCUUAUGGCAAAUUUUGGGUCCAUCAGUAUUGGCUGGCAUUGGAGUCAUGGUCCUGCUUAUUCCGGUAAAUGCUUGGAUUGCACACAAGACUCGACAGCUUCAGGUAAAGCAGAUGAUUCACAAGGAUGCCAGAAUCAAGCUGAUGAACGAAGUUCUCAGUGGAAUAAAGGUCCUUAAGCUGUAUGCUUGGGAGCCCUCAUUCCAGGAGAAGAUACUGGAUAUCCGCAACAAGGAGCUGAAGGUUUUGAAACAAGCCUCCUACCUCAAUGCUGCCAGCUCUUUCUUCUGGACUUGUGCUCCUUUCAUGGUUUCUUUAACAACUUUUGCAGUCUACACUCUGUCAGACUCAAAUAAUGUGCUUGAUGCCGAAAAAGCGUUUGUAUCAUUGUCACUGUUUAACAUCAUGCGGUUUCCUCUAUCCAUGCUACCCAAUGUAAUCACAAACAUUGUACAGGCUAGCGUGUCACUGAAGAGGUUGCAGAAGUUCCUAGACAAUGAUGAGUUGGAUUCAGAUGCUGUGCAAAGAAACACACAUAUAAAACAAGCCAUCAAGGUUGAACAUGGCACCUUCAGAUGGGACAGAGAUGGACCAAACACACUGACAGAUAUAAACUUGGAAGUAGAAGAUGGAUCUCUUGUAGCUGUGGUUGGAUCAGUAGGUUCUGGUAAAUCAUCUCUUUUGUGUGCUCUCCUGGGGGAGAUGGAGAAGCUCUCAGGAUAUGUGAAUGUGAAGGGUUCUGUCGCAUAUGUAGCUCAGCAGGCCUGGAUUCAAAAUGCCACCAUGCGCAACAACAUUCUUUUCAACAGCAGCUUCAACCAGCGACGGUAUGACAAUGCUAUAUACUCUUGUGCUCUACAGCAAGACCUGGACAUGCUUCCUGCUGGAGACCAAACAGAAAUUGGUGAAAAGGGAAUUAACCUCAGUGGUGGACAGAAGCAACGGGUCAGCUUAGCUAGGGCAACGUACCAAGAUGCUGACAUUUAUUUGCUUGAUGAUCCUCUCAGUGCAGUUGACUCCCAUGUGGGCAAGCACAUUUUUGACCAUGUCAUUGGGCCUGAGGGUACCCUCAGAAGAAAGACUCGAGUGCUUGUGACCCAUGGUAUUAGCUUCCUGCCAAAAGUGGACAAAAUUGUUGUGCUGAAGGAGGGAAAGAUUUCUGAAGUGGGUUCCUUCUCUCAGCUGAUGGACCAUAAUGGUGCUUUUGCUGAAUUUCUCAAGAACUACCUCACUGAAGAAUUGGUGAAAGCAGACAGUUCUGUGGAUCCUCCUGAUCUAGAGGGUCUCAGUCUUAGAGAAGAUAUUAUUUCCCAUCUUGGCUCUAUCAUGGACUCCAACGAAGGUGCACGCCUUCAUAGACAAGUGUCUGAGCUGACUCAGCGCAUCCGAUCCAACUCAGAAAUCAGAGGAAGUUCCCAGUCAAUUACAUCACUUGAUAAAGGUGGUGCUCGAAAACCAGAACUUCAAACAGCAGUUCUAGAAGAUGGGAAAACAGGCAAGCAACCACAGGAAAAGGAUAAGCUCAUACAGGCCGAAACAGUAGAAACAGGACGGAAACAAAGCAGGUUGAUUCAAGCAGAGGCAGUAGAAACAGGGAGGGUCAAGUUUUCUGUCUUCCUGGCAUACCUGAAAGCAGUGGGAGUCGUGCUGAGUGUUAUCAUUGUAGUCCUCUACAUCCUCUACGAUGCUGCCAACAUCGGCUCUAACGUCUGGCUAAGCGACUGGAGCAACGAUGCCAGGAACCCCAAUAAAACCAGUGAUUCUGAACACCGCAACAUGCGCCUUGGUGUCUACGGUGCCCUUGGUGUUGUGCAGGGCUUGUGCAUCUUUGUGGGUACAUUCAUUCGAACCUUGGGAGCCCGCAACGCUUCGCGCAGCCUCCACUUGGCUUUUCUGGCCAACAUCCUACACUGCCCAAUGAACUUUUUUGAUGUCACACCUCUUGGACGCAUUGUCAACCGGUUUAGCAAGGAUGUGGACACCAUUGACGUGGUUGUGCCCCUGAACGCUCACAUGUUCCUCAUGUGCUUCCUGCACGUCAUCAGUACCAUCAUUGUCAUCUCCAUGGGAACACCGCUUUUUCUGUCAGUCAUCGUCCCACUCAUGAUCCUGUAUUACUUUGUGCAGAGAUUCUAUGUGGCCUCCUCACGACAACUGAAGCGAUUGGAAUCCACAAGUCGUUCACCUAUUUAUUCUCACUUUGGUGAGACUAUCACAGGGGCCGUCACCAUCAGAGCUUUUGGUCGGCAGAAUUGCUUUAUUCAGCUAUCAGAAAGCAAAGUUGAUGAAAAUCAAGUAUGCUACUAUCCCAGCAUUGUAUCCAACAGAUGGCUGGCCAUCCGCCUGGAAUUUGUGGGCAACUGUAUUAUUUUCUUCGCAUCACUUUUUGCAGUCCUUGGUCGUGACCACCUCAGCCCUGGCAUUGUUGGGCUGUCUGUUUCCUAUGCAAUGAAUGUAACACAAACCCUAAACUGGAUGGUACGCAUGACUUGUGAACUGGAGACAAAUAUUGUGGCGGUGGAGCGAGUUAAGGAAUACACAGAAGUACCAACAGAGGCGCCCUGGGAGUUACCACAGAAAAAGCCAGACAGUUCAUGGCCUCAAGAAGGCAGGGUAGAAUUCUCCAACUAUCAGGUGCGCUACAGAGAGGGUCUAGACCUUGUGCUGCGGGGCAUCAAUUGUUCUGUCAAACCUGGUGAAAAGAUUGGAAUUGUUGGCAGAACAGGGGCUGGGAAGUCUUCCCUCACACUUGGACUUUUCCGCAUCAUUGAGCCUGCAGGCGGAAGCAUCACUAUUGAUGGCAUCAACAUUGCUGACAUUGGACUACAUAACCUAAGGUCAAAACUGACCAUCAUUCCUCAGGAUCCUGUCUUGUUCUCUGGUUCACUUCGCAUGAAUCUUGACCCUUUCGGACGGCACUCAGAUGAGGAGUUGUGGAGAGCAAUGGAGCAUGCCCACCUUAAGAACUUUGUGCAGACGCUGACACAGGGGCUUGACUUUGAGUGCACUGAGGGUGGCGAGAACCUGAGCGUUGGCCAGCGACAGUUGCUCUGUCUUGCCAGAGCUUUACUUAGGAAGACUAAAAUCCUCAUCUUGGAUGAAGCCACAGCUGCAGUUGACCUGGAAACAGAUGACCUCAUCCAAGGCACCAUCCGUGUUGAAUUUGAGGAGUGCACGGUGCUCACCAUUGCCCACAGGCUCAACACCAUCAUGGACUACACCAGAAUAAUGGUUUUGGAUGCAGGCAAGAUUGCAGAAUAUGAUUCACCUCAAACAUUGCUGCAGAAUCCUGAAUCAAUUUUCUAUGGCAUGGCAAAAGAUGCUGGUCUUGUUUGAUGGAGACAAGUCUGUGUGUGGCCUAUGGGUACUGGUGAUUGGCCUAGAUCACAGGUCAAAGACCAUAAUUUGUAAGCAUUUUACCUGACAUGGAUAGGUCUGAGGCAGGAUACCUUUGUUGUCUUUUGGUCUUUUCGAAAGCUAUAAUUUAGAAACAUUUGAAUUGACUGGAACUAUUGCUGUGCAUACUUUAUUUCAUAUGGUUUAACAUGACAUUGACAGUGACAGUCCAUUUGGAAAUGUUUCACAUGAAUGUUUACAUGUUAGCACAUUUAAUAUUUCUUCCAUUUUUCACUUUCCAAAAGGAACAGAACUUUAUUGAUGGUCAAAAUAUAUUUUUAAACUGCUUCAUUUUUGACAUGUAACUUUGAUUUUUUUGUGAAAGGUGUUGACCUAGAUAUACAGUUCAAAUAUACCCCUAUUUAUUAUUUUGUUGUGGCCAUUUUUGUAAAGACUUGUACGUUGGGAAUGAGAUUUGAAGCAAUCUAAAUAUCAGGCAGUUUAGUAAAUAGGGAAAUAAGGAAAACAUUCAUAAUUGUUUAGCCAAUUACAUGCAGUGAAAUUUGACUAUUUGAACAUUUCAACAAUAUGUAUGUUGUGCAUGUGUGUGAAUGUCUGUUCCUGAAGAGACUUGCCUGUAGUAUGGCUAUGGACACCUUUAGAAAGACUUUGCACUUCGACUUUAUAAGUGUUGUGAACAUAAGCUGCUUCAGUGACUGUCCUAUCUUUCUCCCAAACCACUCCUUCCUCAAAAAAUUUAGUAGGCAGCAGCAUGGAAAUUACACAUCUUACAUAGAAGUUGAUAGACUCCAUGACCAACCAUGAUUUGUACCCUUCUUUGUAGAAUUUUUGAGGUAUCAGAAAACAAAGAAUGUCAUUGGUUUUUAACUGUGGCAUUCAAAGCUAGUCACAUUCCUGUGGCAAAGGUAUGUAAGAUCCUGAUCAUAGGUAAGCAAAUGGUGGGCUUUGAUGUUUGCAUGACAUUUUUAAUAAGCUUUUAAAUGAGUAAUUAUAUGUCAGUCAAAUUUUCUUUUACUAAACUGUGAUGGCAAUAUUUCAUGAAAAGCUUUAAAUAAAUAUUUAAUAUUUUUAUGAAAAUAUAUUUUUUUCUUUUUGUAGUAGUAUUCUUCAAGAAUCUCAGAACAUAAAGCAUUUACAUCAUUGGUAUUUUGCAUUACAGUACACAUAAAAACUGCUUGCUUCAAGCAUGCUUGUGCUGUGCAGCAUCAAGUGAACUUUAAUGUUUAUUCUAGCCAGUCAUUUUUGGCCACAGUUCCCCCUGUUAAAAGGAUUCCCUUUUCUGUUUGACCAACUUGUUGUAUUUAAAUACCCAUUACAGAAGGACUGAAUCAUAUAUAUUACAUAUAUAAGUUCAUGCAGGUAAAAGUUUAACACAAACCCAUUUGGAGAGCUGUUAUACAAUUUUUCAUUUGAAUUUUACUCUGUUAUUGAUAUUGCACAAAAUAUAUUGUGAGAAUGGUUCAAAAUCUAGUUGUACAUGUACAGAAUUAAUAUAAUGUGUGAUUAAUUGUGAUGUCUUCCUAAGGCUGUGUCAAACAGGUGGAUGUGGUGGCUGAUUGGUGAGUUAAUGUUUUAUGAGCUUACGCCAUUACUGUUCAGGUACAGUUAUUACAAUAUGGUAGUGAACCUCAAUUCCUGCCUUUUAUUAAGCUGUAAUGAACGUCUCAUUGAAUCGGAUCAUUUUAUUAAUAAGUAUGCAAAAAUGGAACAAAAGUGACCUGUUGAGGUUUUGUAUUAUAUGCUUCAUUUAUGUAGAAAGGAAGCAAGAAAGUGCUUCGCCAACAUUGAAGAAAGUAUGUACGAGUUGUUUCGGUAUGAUCUAACUCAUCCACCAUCUUUACAAUGAGAGUUCAUCUAAUUUGACUGAAGUUAAAACUGGGGAAAGCAUGAAGACAUAUUCUUGAUGUUGCUAGAAGUCCAAUAUUUUUAUUACUCCAAGUGAGUAAAGUUAUUUUGAACUGUUUAUAUCAUGAUGUCAUUUGAUAAAUUUCUUGUAUAUGAGCAUGUGCCUGCAUGAGAGCAAGAGAGACUUGCUAACUCAUAUUAUUUUGAAAAGGUUCAAACAGUGAAAGGAGUGUUUAUGACCGUUGCAAUCAUCUCUUUACAACCUAAAUUUGUUUUCACUUUUUCUUUCUAAAUUUUCUGCAUGUGUAGUUAAUUCGUAUAUGAAUAAGUAGUUUUUGAACCAGAUAAUUUGGCUCAUUAUGUAGUAACUAGUCGAAUAUAAUUUUGCCUUUUUUUUUUUUUUUCCAUCUUUUUUAUCUCCUCCUAUCAGGGUAUAUCUUGUUUUGAUUUUAAAAUGUGUGCCUUUGAUGUCUGAUGUCGUUAUUUUGGUGAUAAUUAGCCUAUAAUGUUGGUUUGUUUUUGUUUUUGUACAGCCUCAUACCAUGCUGUAUGUAUAUAUAUAUAUUUGAAUGCCUUGAGGACAUUAUUAUUACUGUUUUAAACUGACAGUUGAGCUGGAUGGUUUUUGUAGGAAGGUAAUCAUGAAUACUUGUGCAUCAUGCAUGUAUACAAGUAUGUUCUUCAGUAUGACUUAGAGAACAUCUAGACAGAUGUAUGCAGAUGUGUACUGUUAUACCCACACAUGGAAUGAAAGAGUUUAAAGUGCAGUUAUUUAUUUCUGUCUUAUUGGUAUUUAAUAGAACUAAAUAAUGUGUACUUAGAUGAUGUGUUCUCAGCAAAACUCUGUUUAAUGAGUUCAGUAAAAUUUUGUCCUUUCUUUUUAUUAACAUGACGUAUGUGCAAAGGAAAGAUUUUUUCUAGUGAGAAAGAAGUUUAUUAACGAUAACCUUUUAUUUACAAUAAUGUGUUGAAAUUAAACGUUUAUUGAUAUACAAGUCCACCAGUGCAUAUGGCUGUUAUGCAUGAUUAUUUGGCUACUCUUAUAAAAAAAAGCUCGGUGACUUUGUCUGCUUGUACAUCCAUUCAUGUUUUGUCUUAAAGUUUUAGUUCUUGUCAUGAUUUUGUUAUAAAAUAGUGUGCUCCCUUGUAAAUAAUUUAGAAGAUUUUAGGUGGAAAAAUGUUUGGUUUCGGUUUUUUUCUUGUUUUUUUUUUUUUUUUUUUUUUAGGGUUGAAGGAUUAAUGAGUCACCAAUCAAUUUGCUUUUGUUUUAUAAAAACAUUUGCUGUGUUGAAAUUAAUAAAUCUGAUUUAAUGAUUUAAAUAGAUACUGUUAUCUGUAUUGAAUAAAAUGGAACGAAACAUU